AUGCCUCUUUGCAAUUCAGAAGAAAACUCUGGUGAAUUAUGUCACACUUCAGCUGAAUUAAACUCCCGGUUAGAGAAGCUGGUAUCACGUAAAUCAAAUCACGACGGUGAGGAGGAGGAAGACUUGAGAAGCGAAUAUCUAACAGAUGAGUUAUCUGGAAGACGGCAGCACCAACUGACAUCACCCCACAACGCGCGGUGCCUCUGUCUGGAGCAGUCUGGCUUCCACAGCGUUAGGAAAAUCGGAGAGGUCAAAACGUGGUUUCAAAAUCGCAGAGCCAAAUGGAGGCGUCUAAAGCAGGAGAACCCCCAGGCCACCAAAAAAGAAGUGGAAGGUGCUGAUAGUCACAGUGACCAAAGGCUGGAGAGCUGCCCGACCCCGGAGCAGAAGGGUAAGGAGGUCUCCCUGGACGGCUCGCAGUACACCCCCUCGCCGGCCUCACAGGAGGACCUGGAGUCAGACGUCUCCGACGACUCCGAUCAAGAAGUGGACAUUGAAGGCGAUAAAGGCUAUUACAAUCCUACCCACUAA